AUGGCUAGAAUAUACACUACUUCUUGUGAGUUUGAUUCUUUUGAUCGGAGAUCCUACCUCGGUGGUUCAAAUUUAGCUUUACUCCAUUCAGGUAUCACAAUCGUAGCUACCGAUGGCAUUGACGCCAACCAUGGACUUCGAGGAUUCAAGGGAAUCACUUCCCAACGAGACUUCAAACAAAACGUAAUGUCUAUGGGACCACCAAUAAAGUUGAUCAACCACAGAAGCAGAAUUGAAAAGACUAAUCGUGUAUAUCAUUCACGGGCUUGGACUCACCAAGAGUAUCUUUGCGCCAAACGACGUCUUAUCUUUGAAAAUGGAACUGUUUAUUGGGAAUGCAGCGCGUCUACUUGGAGUGAGGAAUUGAUCCCCGAUAUAAAACCAUACAAGCCGCGAACAAUCGAUCCACUUUUACCUCCAGAACUAUUUGCAGAUCCCACUUUUCCAGAUAUGAAGAACAUGAACUAUCUAUUACGGGAGUUCAAUCAGAAAGAUCUUACAUUUCCUGAUGAUGCCUUAGCGGCCUUUUCUGGUAUUCAAUGGGGACUCAGCCAGAUAUUUGAAGGCGGUUUGUUGUAUGGUAUUCCUGAACUCUUCUUUGAGAUUGGUUUGAUGUGGAAUCCAAUUGGUUUUGGAGAGAGACGGCACUCAACUAAGAAAGAGAUAUCACAGCUUUCCGAGCUGGUCGUUUCUUGGAUGGCAAGUAGGCGCCGGGUUUACAGAUGA